GGCUUCGACCAUUACAAUUAGAACUAGCGGUAGCACUUACCUUAUUACGUUUGGUCACUUGGAAAUUGGAAUGCCAUAAAACCUGCUUCAGACUGCGUGUUAUAUAAUGUAUAGCGAUGAUUUACGAAGUUAUUAUGAAACGCAUUUGGCAUUGGCACCAUUUGUUGGAAGAGUGACUCAAUCGGCAGUGGCGUGACUGAUCGACAGGGACUCUGCCCCCUCACGCUCCCUCCCUGUUUCCGCCCCUGCCGCGCGGCGCGACCUCAGCCGAGGUCACGUGACCCGGCGGCCGGCUGGCGCCUGGGGUCAUGUGACCCGACGGCCGGCCGGCGCCUGGGGGCACGGACAGCGGCAGGGCGCCGACCGGGGUCAGGUCAGUAGAGGUCGGACUGCGGGCCGGGACGGCGCCGCCCACUACUCACUAGCCGGUGAACGGAGGGAGCCAUACCGUCAGCAUGUGGUCGAGGGGAAGAUGGCGCGUCACAGCCUUGACUCUGAUUCUCGUCUCUGCGCUGGCAUCCGCCGAAAAUCUGACCGGCGCCGACACAACGGAUGGGGGACUGCUGGAUGACCACCAGCCCGCAGUUGAUAAACCGCGCGAGCCAAAGGCAGUCUGGACGAGCGGAGGCAGUCUGGACAACCAUCAGUCUGGUCCAACUACCGGGAGUCUAGAUAAUCACCAGCUUGGUGCAGCGACUGGCAGUCUAGACAACCAUCAGCCUGUUCCAGCCGCUGGCAGUCUGGACAACCAUCAACCUGGUGCAGCGACUGGCAGUCUGGACAACCACCAGCCCGCAGACGACUCUCAGUCCGCUCCAGAAACGGGCAAUCCGCCCACCAAACAUCCCAAUCAAGGAGCAGGACAGCAACAUCAUGAGUCGCAGCCAGUUCUUCAGCCUGGAGUUGAGCAGAAGUUCAAACCGCAGGCAGUUCCCGAGCCUGUCGUCUGGCCGGAGUCGGGUCAACACUACGGACCAGGAGUCGGUCAGCAACAGCAGUACUACGGUGCGGGCCCAGCGCCGGGACAUCCGCACCCAGAGGCUGAGCAGACUUACAACCAGCUGGGAACCGGCCGGCCGUACAAACAGUUCGCCGCGUACGGUAACCAGCAGGGAACCAGCGGGUGGGACCGGCCAGGAACCGGUGGGUGGAACCAGCCAGGAACCGGUGGGUGGAUCCAGCCAGGAGCUAGCUACGGGACGGGGAACCAGUACCGACCGGGGCCCAGUGACGAGGACUGGUACGAGAAGAUCCGACGGCAGCCAGUCGGGACAAACUACGGGCCAGCGAUGACCGUGCGCAGCGAGUCUGAGCAGAGACGUCCCAACUUCCUGCCUCCUGAAGAGGAGGAGGGCGAGGGAUGGCUAGGCACGCUGACGAACGUGCUGGAUUCGUUCACCGGGGUGCACCAGGGGUCGGACUCUGACGACAUGGGCCAGCGGGAGCCUGAUAUGUUCCGACCUGAUCCUGCUGCCAUGUAUCGACCGGCACCGAGCCAGUAUCAUCGACCGGGACCGAACCAGCGCUACCGACCCCGACCGGAGCAGCACUGGCCCGAGUCCCAGCGGCCGUACAGAGAAGAGACGGCGAAUCCUCACCGGCCGGAGUGGCACGAUCCGCACCCGCCGAGUCGGGAGUACCGCCAGGGAGAGGCUGGGCCGAGCCAUCCCGAGUGGGGCAAUCCUCACCCUCAGCCAGACACCAGGGAGUACCGCCAGGGAGAACUUCAGCCAGACGAGCCGGAGUCAGCUGAGCGAACUCACCCGGAGAGGGUCCGGCAGUAUCGGCAGGGAUCAGCCGAUCCUAACCGACCGGAUGUUGACCAGCACUUAAGACCAGCAUCGAGUGAGCCCUACCAGCGGAAACCAUCGGAGCCUUACCAGCGCAGACCAGCGGAGCCUUACCAGCGCAGACCACCACCCCCGGGGCAGGGCCCGACCGCCGACAGGAGAUACGACACACCCUUCGGUCCCCAGCCGAACAACGACGCUGGGCUGUUCGCGUACCCCAGCGACUUUAUCGCGGAUCUGAAGAACGUCGCCUGGUGGUGCUUUGUGAUUUUCGGCGCGUUCCUGCUGAAUCUGGUUGUGUAUAACGCUGUUUCGAGCCCGCUGGAGGCAAUUCUGGCUGUGAAUGGCACACUCAACGCCACAGGAGCGGCCUUGUGAUGGCAUGUUACGGCAUAGUGUGACGUCGCAUAGUGUGACGUCGCAUAGUGUGACGUCAGGUUUGCGAUAUUAUGCAAAAUAGGUUUGCCAAUUGUAUUUUUGAUAUGAAGUCAUUUAUGAAUGAAUUAUUUGUCCAUUUGCAAUGUGCCAGUACCGCUGGGUGGGUGUGUCGCAUUGUUUUUUUUUUUUUAACGAGAUGCUAUUCGAAAAAUAUACAAAUUGCCGGCGCUGUUUCCAAAUUGUCUCGGUGACCAUGUUAAAUAUAUAUGCGCUGCAAGCUGACAUA